CAGUUUACGUCAUCACGUAACGGUGUAACAGACGAAGACGACCCGCCUCUCGCGGUUUAACAUCAUUCGACAUGUUGCGUUUAAAACAACCAAACGUCGUUUCAACUGUAACCCUGCUGGUCGCCACGGAAACCGAGGGCUGAUUUUAAGACCGACCGGAUGACAAAACAGGAUUUGGAAAGCCGUCCUGACUGCUAAGAUGAGGCGUCUGUCCAGAAGGAAAGCCCUGAGUCUGGUGAAGGAGCUGGACGCCUUCCCCAAAGUGGCCGACAGCUACAUGGAAACGUCUGCAUCCGGGGGUACAGUGUCUAUCAUAGCGUUCAGCGCCAUUGCGGUUCUGGCCAUCUUGGAGUUCUUUGUGUACCGAGACACUUGGAUGAAGUAUGAUUAUGAAGUUGACAAAGAUUUUUCCAGUAAGCUAAGAAUAAACGUGGACGUCACAGUAGCAAUGAAAUGCCAGCAUGUGGGAGCAGACAUCUUGGAUCUGGCAGAAACAAUGAUCACAUCCAACGGCCUGCAGUACGAACCUGUUAUUUUUGAAUUAUCCCCACAACAGAGGCUGUGGCAAAGGACGCUGCGUCUCCUUCAGAGCAGGCUGAGGGAGGAGCACGCUCUGCAGGAGGUUCUGUACAAAACGCUGCUGAAGGGAGCGCCCACCGCUCUGCCGCCUCGGGAGGACGCUCCCAACGAGCCACUCAACGGCUGCAGGAUUCACGGACACGCUUACGUCAAUAAGGUGGCAGGAAACCUACACAUCACAGUAGGGAAGCCGAUUCACCAUCCGCAGGGCCAUGCUCACAUCGCUGCUUUUGUGAGUCAUGAGGCAUACAACUUCUCCCAUCGAAUUGACCAUUUAUCUUUCGGCGAAGAGGUUCCAGGCAUAAUCAAUCCUCUGGACGGCACCGAGAAAAUCACCUACAACAAUAACCAGAUGUACCAGUACUUCAUCACAGUGGUUCCCACCAAGCUGAACACACACCUGAUCUCCGCAGACACACACCAGUUCUCCGUGACGGAGCGAGAGCGGGUGAUCAACCACGCGGCGGGCAGCCAUGGCGUCUCGGGGAUCUUCGUGAAGUACGACACCAGCUCCCUGAUGGUGACGGUGAGCGAGCAGCACAUGGCGCUGGGACGCUUCCUGGUGCGGCUCUGCGGCAUCGUCGGGGGAAUCUUCUCCACCACAGGCAUGCUUCACAGCCUGGUCGGGUUCUGCUUCGACAUCGUCUGCUGUCGCUUUAGACUCGGCGCCUACAGACCCAGACAGGAGCUGCAGCUGAAUAACCUGAACAAUCACCAAACUCCUCUUCUGGUGGGAAACGCUCCGCUCUAGUCUCACUGUGAUCUAAAGACGAUCAUCUCUGGAAGAUGUUUGUUUCAGUAAAAUUCAUCUCCUUCAUUGCACUGUAGGUUAAAUAUUCCCCCGGUAACUGCAUUAAUAGUGUUUUUAGUGGCUGUAAAUUUGAGUUUUAAUUGCUUAAAAUGAUGUCUUAUGAUUUGUUAUUUAAUAGAUUAAAAGAAUGCAAACAAAGAAAA